AUGGACCUUCUGCGUGUCCUCGUAAAGAAAUUUGGUCUCACCGGCAGCCCUCACAACGACCACUCAUCUACUACUUCUUCCCCAACUUGCAUUUCCCUCCAAUAUUCUCAGUCGAACGUGGGUGCUAAACGUCGUGAUGCAGAUGUGGCCGCAUCACAAAUUACAAAGUCACGAGUAGGCUUGCAACUGGCGAUUUAUGUUACUUACGACGUACAAUCACCGAGCUUGUUUUGGAAAAGUCAAAAGUGGAAACUUGGCCAUAAAACAGUCGGUCUAAACAAGACACAUUUUCAUGGUCUAUGGUGGGAUAGGUUUUUCGGAUAUACAAGGCAUUCUAACGGGUGAGCUCUAUCGAAACAAAAAGAAGGCACACAACGCACUGCUGUAGAAAUGAUUCCCAGACUGAAGGACUUAAAAAAUCUGCAAUUAUGUUGCUAAAUCAGAGUAAAGCUGGAAUGGGUAAGGGGAGGGAGCAAAUGAGUUCACCUGGCUUCGUGCCUUAAUCAGCCACUAACCAUUCUUGCAUAUUUAUACUACCGUGAGCACGAAAUGCGAAAAACUUCUCGGACGGACAGGCCUGACAACAGUUAAAAUGUCAUGGGAUGGGAAUCAGACGUGAGUUGGCCAAAAGAGGGGUGCCAAAGGGGCUGGCCAGACUAAAUUAGGAGAGCAGGGUGGCUAGUUGCAUUGAAUACGAGUCAGUCUUGCGAGGGGGCAUGAACAGUUGGGAGGGAAUAGAGAGGAUUUUGCGUGGUGGUGAUAGGUCUACUAGGCAAGUCAACGUUGUACAGCUCUAGUUUUUCUGAAUCGUCGACACCUCUGACUACUUUUUGUGUGCAGAAAAGAACUCAAAACCCAAAGUUUGGUAAACCGUGUUGUCCUGCCCGAAUGGCCAACUUUCAUUCAUAAUUAACUAUACAGCCAACUUGAGUUAUUCUGGUCGCUCCAUUCCGGCUCAGUCAUCUGUUUGACUAACAUCCUACAUGGUUUUGACCUUUGUCAUACAAGUGGUUGAUAGAUCACUUUCGCAUUUCAUACCCAUGCUGGUACAGGUGAUUUUAGAUUAUCAGAGGGAUUUCUAAGUAUAAAACAAAUAAACUAAUAGCUAUCCGGGCGUUUCCAGAGGUCUAGGCAGGGUCUUUAUACUCCUGCGACCAUAGAGAAUUCGAAAUAACAGAAAGCAUAAAUAAAGGACUCAGUUAACUUCUAGAGUGGCAUCUUAUACUGUACACAGCGUAGGUCACCGUAUAUACGACAACGGGGGUCUCGGCCAUUCACAUCUAGUCCUGGUUUGAAGGAUGGGCCUUUUCUACAGACUCUCUGGAUGAUGCGUCUACUAAGAGGCAGCAAAGAUAAUGUAUCCCAGGUAAGAACAUUAAAUGGGUCCUACAAUAGAACACAAUCUUUGCAGAAAAAUCCACCAAAUCGCAUUUUAUCAAGACCAAAUAGGUAAACUUGGCAGCCUUAGAUGCAUGGGCCGUGUAUAUAGUGGGCCUAAGAAUCAACUUCAAUGAAAGGCCGGUCAUGACAUGCUGGGGCUGUCAGAUUGACGAGUAAUGACGCAACUCACACCGAAAGCAAAGCGAACUGCACAUAAUUGUUUCCAAAGAUAUGAUUAUCUACGUUAUUCAACAAUAACCCCGUACUCAGACCAUCGUAGAUUUUUCGCCUGAAUCUUCAGCUCUUCCUAACUCUACCGUGGAUGUGCUACCUAACUAGAAGUGUUGAGACAAACGGCAGCUCGAGCCGGCUGAUUUUUUAAGGGAAAUCAGCACGUAAAAGGCUCCACGCCGAGUAGUGUUUGGCAAAUAGCACUUCGUGUGGGCCUGCGAUUCUGAACAAGACAGGGGAUAAGCCCAACAGGCAUAAUAAAAUAAGCUUUAAGAAACGGUGCCGAGGCUGUCAAAUAAACCCGUGGCUCCCAACAUUUCUUUGCAAAAUUUGAAAUCCCGAUGUAAUCUGGCAAAGAUUAGCGAGACAGUCAUACGCCCGGUUGAUAGCCAAGUUAGGAAAGGACGUAUAAGGUGACAACUAAGCCGCAGGGAAUUACGAAACUCGUAUAAACUUGCAGCAACGGCAGCAAGACGAAAUGAAAACGAUAAUCUUCCUUAUUUUGACAGCUCAUACAACAGAGUUGUCGUCCAUUAGUAGUGCGAGUUACUUUAUACUCUGUAUUUGUUAGCUUAUGAUGUGAGUUCAUUGUCGACUAGACAACAAUAAGGGUUGUUUCUAAAAAAAACCUCAUAGGAAUGGAAUUAAGUCAGUAGGGCCACAUCAGUUUGGGCAAUGUCCAAAAACAACAAUCAGGACGACAUGCACGCAAGAGCAGAAAGUAUUGAUCAAAGGCUCGAUGUGACUGCACGAAGAUUUUCAGACAGCUGGAACGAUCAUAGAUACACGUAGUCUCUCCUGAUGCGGCAGCGUACUAAGUGUUCACCUCUUAUUCAAGCAAACUCAGCUGGUAGUAAACAUCUUCCGCUUCCAUGGCCACAGGAGAGGAAUCGCGGCCAGGAAACCCUAAGACAUUAACGACGUGCAGCUGUCCGACGAUGAACAUCGGGAUAGAAUGCGACGUUUAUAAGAUACUAUUCCUUAAAAGGCGUGGUAGGCUAGCAGCCUUCCAAACAAGAGGGGAGACGCAAAUGCUAAAACACUCACGUCGGCCAACCGAGCUCAGAGGCAGAGAUACGUGACAGUAAUAUCAUGGAUUAUAGACCACAGCAAAUCCUUGAAUAUCGGAGGGGUCACCUAUUGAGGAAUGAAACCAACAACCUCUACAGCUGCAGACCAAAUGGUCGUCUACUAGAUAUUUUAAACGGUUGCAAUAAAUGAAGGAUAGGGCAUUUUCAAGUGUACUUAAUGGAGUAGGCAAAAAUAAAGCGCCAAGCCAAUUAAACCACCGAAAAAGGGAAGUGAGCGAGGCCGAGGGACAUGGUAGCAUUGGUGCGUUCCGUAUGUAAAUCGUGUCCACGACGUAAAUGCGUUUUUGACCAGCAGUGACUCAGCGAUUAUAACGUUUAAAAUCCCCCCGCAAAAAAGUAAGCGAAUUGAAAAUCCACCCUCACAAAACUGACAAGCACAGACCAUUCUACAGCUAGGAGGAAGUCCAAACGGGACAAGCGGGCAAGGAAAAGGUGGCAUUAGACAAAAACACGGAAAACACAUAUAAGUUUUGAGGUCCGCAAAUUUUAGAUCCAAUGAAAUCAGACUUGUGAACUCGGACGCAGAUGAGCAAACAGUGCGCGCCUGACUAGCAGACGGUGGCUGUCCCCGCUUGAGCCUCGUGGUCACUAAGCAGGAUUUUUAUUCCGAGGCACAGAAAGACGCCUAAGGGCAGCAAACGCCAGGAUUUUAAGCGCGACCAAAACCCUUUGGCCCUCGACCAGUUAUCUCACGCUUUUAACGCUUUGGAAGCCUGAGAUAAAAUACCGAAAACCUAAAGCCUGCAUACCCAAGAGGUCAUGGAUUUGCUAGACGUCGCCAUAUGAAGGUAGAAACUAUUAUAGCAAAGAAGUGAGUAACGACUUUCGCAACUGUAAAUGACUUUAUUCUGUGCAAUUACAAACCUUAAAUUGGUUAAAUUUAAAGCUACUCAAUCGCCUGUUGCAUGUGCUAAGGGAGAUAAAUCAGUUCAAAAACCGCAUACUGUCUGCAUAUGCGAAAUAUUCACGAAUUUUAGCUCUCCGCAGGAGAGGUACACGUACAUCUCUUCCACAAUUGGGAGCGUAUAGCUCAAACAAGCUUCAGUGACAAAGGCAUGGUGCUGUUGUCAGAACCGCUUGCGGCUACGACAAAGGUACCGGUUUGAGUUUCAUUUUGCGAAAGACUCCUCAUUUUACAGCAUCCUAGCGAUAUGUCGUUAAAGGGGCCAAUUAACCCGAUGCAAAAUCUCGUUCAGUUAUAUAAAACGGAGCUGAUGCAAGCAUAGUUAGUGUCGCAGUCGAAUGCCGUAGGAGAGGCGCAGAAUUGUCAGUCAGCAAAGCCAGGCUCAGAAAGACCACGAACUGUAACAAGGUUACUUUGGGCAAGCCCUGAAGGCCAGGAACACUAUGCUCUAGUUUACGAUGACGGCAUUGACCCUGUCGAGUGAGCAGACGAUCACCGAUGCCGUCGAAGUGCCAAUAAACAGAAAUUGGAUUGGUUAAAGGCGUCGGUUACAACACGAUAGUCUGGAACCUUAAAGAAAACAGUAGGCAUCAUUAUGAUAACGGAUUUUAUUUUCUUUUGCGAUCAGGCAGUCAGCAAUGAAUGCAAAGUAGCGGGUAUCUUUCUAAAAAAAACCUUAAACAGUUCUAUCACGAAAAUAAGCACAAGCACGCAAGAAAAGAACGUGUCCAAUGUGCGUUUAUAGGCCAGAACCUACAUUAUCGUGCCCAUCAGUCGCAUUUUUUAAAUCAAUCAUGAUUGACUGAAGAUUGUUGCUCAUCACAGCGUGAAUAAUCGAUGUCACCCAUGCAUAAGAUGACUCGGUAGACACCUUAAGCGCGGAGCAGCACCGGGAUUCAACGCAUGUAACGAUUCUAUUUAGGUCAACUUAAACAAAAUAUGUUCGGACACCAAUAACAUAUUUUUUUGCAAUUUAAAUUUAUAAAUAAGUGGAUAAAGGAUGAUUAACAUCAAGGUUAAUGUCCUUUAAAUAGUCGCUAUCCGGCCGGGACUUUUGGUACUCCCUGCCCUCCUGCCGUUGGCUGUCUUGGUUAGGCUGAUUACUGUUAUUCGCUUUUCCCUUUACUUCUGUAGUUCGGUGACGCGUGAUCUUUUUGGCCUAUCUUGUUUUAUUGCUUUGUUUUACCUAGCCGAUCUAGCGACCCUGGCAUUCAACCUUUCUUGAUCUGAUAUCAUAAUAUUUGCACAUUCAUUUUCUUCCGCGUCCUUUACUUAAAGCACAGGCCGGAAAUUGCUCUGGCAUUUGCAGCACUUUUUGUCUUUGUAUUCUCACGUAUGUUUUCUGAACCAUAUAGACCCACAGCUAUGUACGAUCCUAUCAAGGCCGCUGAACUAACUACUGUUUUUUUUAUCAGUGGUCCAGUCGAUCUGUGUGGUCACCUAGGUACAUGAGGAAGUAUUCUUCCCUAUGCACUGAACAAGAGGACCUGGAGAACAUUGACAUCCUGACCGAGCUUAGCAGAAUGGGCCGCACUGAACCCUCUGGGCUUCAAAAGAAGAGGUGUUCACGGGGAGGGGUUUAUUAGAUCUAGAGGUCUGACGUUUCGAGUAGUUGCACCGUCAACUUAUCUUCAGAGACUGGGAAGUCGUGCGCACAGCUCUCCUUAUAUGACACGUUCUUUUUGAUGCUUGGCUUCGUGUUGGUACUUUACUUAAUCUUAUCAGCCUUGGACUAAAUUUUCUCCUGAACUUCGUGGGCCAUCUUUUGUUUCAUGUACUUUGAAAUGGACCGAUAGACGCUAGUGACUCAACUUAGUUGACUAUCAUCGUCCAGUCAUGCACAUAUUGCUACCGCAAAGUGCCUCUGCAGCACUGUUGAUAAGACUUAUGUCACGGUAGUUCUUUCGCUUUGUUUUAUCCCUUUUUCUUGAAGUCAAGAGCAAGGAUGGCAGAGUCGCAGAACUUCACCUACUGAAGCCUGGUCAAUUGCCUCAUUAGGCCUGGAUAUCAGCGUCAACGCAGGCCCUGCAGACCUCAGUGGGGAUGCCGUCCUCUCCGAGCGCCCCAUUGCACAUCAGUGUUGCAGCUGUGAGUUAUUCCUGCAAUGGUCAGGCGACACAGUAUAGGCUGGAGAAAGAUGAAACCCCGCUAUGGAAAGCGGGUAGGGACUUGGCCACCGAGGCUGGGGAGGUUCCCCAAGCAUUCGUGUGAAAGCUCAUCGUUAACCGAGUUGUCUACAAUAAAUUCAUCCCUCACAUCAAUCGGUUACUGUGUCUGGAGUUAUCUACCACCAAUUUGGCCAGUAAGUUGGGGGUUUUCGGGUGCCACUGAUGUUUGGAAGUCACUCUAUUAAUGUCACCAUUUUAGUAUUAUGGUAGUUGUGCACUUCUUUCACUGAUCUUGUGCAACUUAAUGAAAUAGUCACUGUUGCGAGAUCUAUCAUGAGUCGUAUCCUUAGAUAACUCUAACGUUCUUUGACUGUUUCAAUCAUUACGGCGCCGGAAGUUGGCAAUCAUCAGCUUUGCCGGCCAUUGCAGGUUCUGUCCCGCCCACCACCAGUCUCUGUGGUGAAAACUGCAACUAGACAGUAUGCCGGUGAAAACCCUCUCUACGAUCGAAGCUUGCGAUCACACUAGUGCAAGGCUUUAGACAGCAGCAAUCCAUCCACUCGCGCGAUAUUCGGCCGAGCUUCGGUUGAGGCUCCAUAAUGUUUCCCAUCUGGUUUUUAGUAGGUCAGCUUGAAGGAGUGGUUAGUUUCAAAUUUACGGGGGACAGGCCACCGUGGACUGAAUAAAUCAGGGACGACGUCGCUCAAAUUGAUACUGUUUGCAGUUUUACGGGCGUUCGAAAAUAAAUAAAGGCACGUCCCAAUAUCCAAAUCACCACAAAGGCGCACGCGUACCGGACACCGUUUUGGUCAGUCUUCCUGUAUAUUUGUGAAUAUACUUGUACUUAGUACGACUGUGAUCGUUCCUCAUUUAGCUGGCCCUCGAUGAUGUCACGUGUGAUACCUCUCCACGCUUGACGGUCUGCAACAGCUGAUCUGGACAGUUCGACUCAUUAUCUUUUCCAGCCACGGAGACCGAGUGCUGAAGGUCGAAGAACCACUUUCAUAUCUUGACAAACUGUGUCGAGCCAUGUCCUGAGUGGACUUCCUCUUCGACGCCUCCAGAUGGUAGACGGCGCUUGAUCGAGGGCAGUAACACUAAGCCCUUGAGGCGGACGACGAAGGACUUACCCAGACCACCGAAGUCGUUUUUCUUGGAUGGCCCGACACAUCCUUGCAAUAUUGUCUCAGUGAAUGGGAAUUGCACCAUUUAAGAGGAAGUGGGUGUAUUUUACUCGAAGGAUGGUCCUCGGGCAUCGGCGCUCAAAUGCCUCUGGUUUUCGCUCAUCUUCCACGCCAAAGGUCCACUAUUCACGACCAUAAAGGACUGACCGGCCGGCUCGACGGUGCAUGCAGAUCUUAGCGGCGAUGGAGAUGUCGGGUCCAUAGGCACUUUCUAGGGAUUUAGAAACUCUGGAGCACAAUGAUUCGGAAGACAAUACUGUCCUCACUUUGUCCAAUGGGCAGUAGUCUCGCCCCAGGUGUUUGAAAGUCUAGUUUUUCAGGUUGACACCCGUUAAUCUGGAGGGGUACUCUAUGCUGGUCAGGAAUGCAGCUCUAAAACAAUUCGGUCUUCCCAGAGUUAAUGGAUAAGCCGACUGAAGUAGCGAUUUCAUUCACCCGUGACACCACAGACUGUAGACCACCAAAGCUUGAGACUAGCAAGGCGAUGUCAGCAUAGUCGAGAUUAGUCAACCAGCGUCCGGGUGCGACCCUCACACUGUUAAAAACUGUGUAGGCUCCUUCCUAGAGUCCAGUCGAUAGCGUAAUUGAGCAGAAUGGGUGACAUGAUGUAAUGAUGUCGAACACCAGGUUAAAUAUCGAGCACUUGGAAGAGCUUUUCAUGGACGGGAACUCGCGCGGUGGUGGAAUGAUAGUAAAGCUUGAUCAUGACGAUAAUUCUGGCAAGCACACCAUCUAGCUCAAUUGUUCCCCUUGGGGACUCACAGUGGACACAAUCGAACACUUUAGUGAAGUGAACAAAGCAGACGGCCGUCGAUUACUGGUAGUCAUGGCGGAGUUCCAGAAAGCGCUGCAGUACGAAUACCUGGUCCGCACAUCCACGCCCACCUCGGAAUCCGGCUUGGUUGGCCCUUGUCCUAGAGUCACGCACAGUCUGGAAUCGUCUGAGAAGGAUGACGAGGCCUAUGUUGUGGUAGUUCUCGCACUUGGUCAUAUCUCUUUUCUUGAAGACAAGCACAAGCAUGCUCCAGCUCCAGUCACCAGGACGACCUCACCGCCUUACGCUUGCUCAGUCACCCCCUGGAGCCAGUGUACCAGAGUGGCAACACAAGACUUUUAGAUUUCAGCUGGAAUACCGUCCCCUCCGGACGCCUUAUUUUUGUACCUCCUCUGUAUUGCAUCGGCACCUUCUCCCUCUGACUCCUGUGUAUGGAAAAUGAAACUUUUGACCACCCUUCCCAAUGAACUGUCCACAUAGUCCAGCACACCAACUUCGUGUUCAACAAAGAUUCGAACACACUGGGACCACGCCGUGUAAAUAUCUGGAGACAUGCAAAAAAGACGACUGAGAUGGUAUGAGCACAUUCUUUAUCGCCCGCCUGACGAGUUCAGUGCUGCUGUUUUAAAUCUGACGCAGCUGUUUGACUGGAGGUGUGGAAGAGAUCAGCUAAAAACCUGACUCGACACAAUCUAUGGAGACAUUAAGGCGACCCCUGGUACAUGCUCUUCGCUCCCGGAGAAGAGUAGACUGGGCUAUCAAUGUUCGGUGGCACUGGUCGUCGUGUGUGAAGGAGUUCAAUUAGCAACAUUAAAGCUAGGCGGAUCGGACAUACUAACAAGCGUAACAGCUAGAAGUACUAGCCUUCCGCUGUCAUUCUGGCCGCAAAUCGAUAUCAUUUUCAAAACUUCGUCUACGUUAUGCUGUCUACCAGUUCGACCGUUACGAAGGAUGAUGUUAGCCGUGUGCCGCGCAACAUGGCCGGCGCAGGGAUGGUGACUUACGCGUGAAUUAGUUUAUAGUGACUUGCGCAGAAUAUAUCACACACUCCAUCCCCACCCUCAUGGGCCGGUGUCAAGAAAGAGUCAGUAAGACCGGAGGCAGGCUGACAAGGCUAAACAACCCGUCUACGCGUGCCGCACACGCUACGCCGGGUUUUAUGAGAAACAAGGAGCGGUCAGCUCGGAUCCCUACUGGGUGGCAGUGCUAUAAGGAUAACAUUCAGGGGCCAUUGCAGUCUGACUCCGUCUUGAAAGGACCGACUCAACCUCUCAGUUGGAAGUCUUCCAUGCCACAACGUUUUUGCGCAUCGUGGUUGUUUAAAGGCGCGUUAGAUUGUUUACAGUGCCGAGGGGACGUAGUCCCCAAAUUCGGCCUCACUCUCCUCCCUCUGCCAAUCAUCAGCCCACCAUCCGAGGCGGUCAGUCAUCGAAUUCGAAAGUUGGGCCCAAGUGGCUGGCGCGGCAUGAGCCCGUACUUGGGUGCGUCACAAUAAUCUCCACAUUAGGAAGUCUUUAUGGGGUGCGUGAGCUGCGCAGUUCGGUUAACCCGUAUCAAACCGUAAUCUAGCUCCCGUGUUGGUCCAACGCAUCUGCGUGGCCCGUUGUAGGACCAUGUCGCCUAUAAUACAUUUCACAACAUGCUGUUACAUUGGUUGAUUUAAUUGCACGUGUUGGAAAGUGUAGUCAAUGACGCAGUUGAACACUAAUUUGACUGACGCCGGGGGUAACACUGAAGGAUUAAAAUGAACUGUUAGCAGUAGUGGCGGUUGGUUCAGCGACAAGUGCUAAUUAACAGACAUCUCCCGCCGAAAGCGGCAUUUUUUCCGCUCGGCAUGUUGCUGUGCAAGUGUAAGCGAUUGAAAACAAUUGCGAAGACUUGCAGCAUGGCAGGCAAAACUGUUGUCAUGAUGGUAUUUGUGCAACUGUCUUGCUCUUCAUGAAGAUUGACGAAACAGCAUCAUAGCUCCGGUCUCUGUGUGUGGCCUCUUCUUCCCAGAUUACAGUCAAACGUCACGUACCCGGUGGACUUGCUACCAAAUAGUACUCGAAUUUUCGCCUAAGGGCGGCCUCAUUAGGUGCUUUGUUCCUUCUUAGUUUCACCAUCACACUAAGCACCCCCGCAGAUGGUGACCCGAAGUUUCAGUCAUAUCCGGAUGCCAGGCUGAAGAAAUUGAGUCUGGGUCUUGGAAACGGAAAAAAAUGUUCCUCCUAUGCGAAUGGUGAUGCCAACUUCGACUUUGUUAGCGCACUCCGAUUGUCUCUGAUCGUUUAAGCAGUUCGAUUAAAGCGGUGGCUUAUCUUAAGAAUCUGGUUCGAACUCUUUUAAUCGUUGGCUAAAGUGAGUUCCAAAUGUCAGACGAUUCUGCUUCAUAGUUCGUUACGGUCGUGCCGCGGAGAGCAUGUGGUCUUGACAUCCAAGUCUGUGAACUUAGGAUCGUCAUGAAGAAAAACGGCCCUUACACUGUCAGCCAUUCCAUAAAAACCUAACUCUGGCGACGUCUGCUGUGACCCGUCACCUCAAGUGAGAUAUUUUGAGGAGCCUGUUUUAGUUAGCGUCAUUUAGUUUUAACUGAGGACACUUGAAACGCGACCCAUUUGGGCAAGAUGGUUGUGAUAGCUAAACGGAAGCCUGUGGCAGUGUCCGGAUCCUUGGGACAGUGGAAAUUGCACUUCUUCAUAUGUUCUGCCCUUCCAACCAUGGCUUCUUAGCCGUAACCAUGCCCCACCCUCAAGACACCCCAUGUGAGUGGCAACGAAUUGGUCUGGCGUUCUCGCACUACUAUUUAGGUGAUUUGAUUUUGCACCUCAGUCUUAUUUGUGCGUUAGGUAACAAUGUCUCCUGGGAUGGUAGAAGUAGGGGUUCGUGUGAAUUAAGGAUCUAGGCGAAACAAAAUUUGCGACGGUUUACCGUUGCGUACUGGCAGAUGACUCAUGUCGUAGAUUCAUCUCAGUUGCACUUUCUGCCAUUAAAAUGGCCGCAACGACAAGACCACCUAUUUGGACACGCCUGACCAUACUCUGAAGUUUCUUACAGAGAGCCUCUUCUUGCAUCUCAUCAGCAUCCAGCGCAUAGACGUGCGUCGUAAUGACUGACACUGCCACAAGCACAAGCAUGGUACCCGCUGACUUCGACCACUCUGAUCACUCUGAGUGCUUAUAACGCCCUGUCAGUCAAAUUUGUCAGCCACACUGUUGCGGUACAGUAGAAGGCGAUUAUCGUUGUCUACUACCUUAAUCCUGCAUAUACGAGCUGUUUAGCUUCAUUAGCCAAUGUGUCCGAGCCCAUCUCCGGUCUUUUUGACUUUGUCUUGACCUCGGGUCCAGGAGGACGAGGAAACGAGAGUGCGGUCGCUACAGCCCAAGACUCCCAUUACUUUCAUGCGCAAUUCAUCGUUCCUGCGCCAACUAUGCUGUGGAACACACGGACAUCGUCGGCAACGACAGUUGAACUGUCAAUGCUGGGCACUUCAGGACCGCAAUGUCAGUACUGUACUAUACCAACGUUUGCAUGGUCCAUGUGAUGUUGGUGCGAGAAGUGUUGACACAUUUCAGUGUGUGACGCUCAGUUUCCUUUUGCCCAGAGAGGCCCUCUUGUCCCCCUUUUAUCUGACCCUUUGACCCAGUUCAGUGUGUGUCACUUCUCGCGGGUGUCGUAACAGGAGUCGAGACUCGUAAUAGAGGAACUUGCAUCUUUAAAAUACCGUUCUCUCUUUUUUUGCGAAUUUUCGAUCACUAGGUUUUUGUGCGCACGCUAUUCUGUGCCCUGGCUAUCCUUUUAUUACAAAGUCUGUCGGAGCAUUCAGUUAAUAGCAUCUAUAGGGUUACUUUAACUAAACAUUCAUUUAGAACCCAGCUUUGACUUUGUGCAAGUAACGUAUUUAUUAUAACGUUGUGGUUUCCUAUGAGGUUUGUACAAAAUAACUUAUACUUUUCAAAUGAUGACUCGUAACGAACUCCAGUAACCGUAAUAAAAACUGUUUACAUCCGCACAUUUCCAGCUUUUGUUUAUUCUUAGAUCCUAUGAGCACUUUUAGGGCCUAUUCAGCUGCUUUUUUAUUGCAGGAGGUUUUACCUUGCAUGGAACUGUGAUAGUCACUUAGCAAGAGACAAAUUGCAUAUAUUUAAUGAAGCGUCUCUUUAAUCGUAUUUUUGCACGCCGUAAUGGAGAAUGAUAUAACCUCCUUGAUGGGUCAAAAACUGAGUGUUUUGAUGAUUUUCCUCGAGCCCAUCGCCUUUUCCUUGGUUAUGGGUCCGUUUGGAUUCAAUAGUUCUAAUCAAUGCUGCCGGCCUCAGACCACCUAACAGUCACAAUAGCCUUUUUCCUACGAGUUCAGUUUGCUGUUGUGUUUUGACGCAUAGUCGAUAUCGAGACACAUCUUCCAAUUGCCGUUGGUCAUCGUACUGGAGCCGCCCUUCGUCAUGCCGCAGUCCGAGCAAAAAUUAGAUUGUUCGUACAACAUAAACGAAAUUUUGAAAUCAUACAGUGCCGGCGAAUCUGUCCAUUUUAGUUUAGCUUUUUCGGACCCAUCUGUCAAUCUUUUCGCCAUUCCGAUGUAGUUCGUGUUGCAAACAGUGGUUCCAUAGUUAAUUUGGGUGUAGGUCAUUCUUUAUUUGCUGAGUUGUUCAUGCAAUUUCUGCUCAAUCUCUCUCAACUGAACGUUUGCAACGACAGAAAGACAUCGCCGACCUUACUUAUCUUAAAAGCUCAAGUUUAUGUUACGAAACUUCUUGGUACACUAUUGAAUCGUGUUCUCGUGACGGCGUCCUCCGUUGUCUGUCGAAGUUCCUUUCAUUUACAAUUUAACAUCUGCUUUUGACAACCUGGUAUGGAAACGAGUAAAAUGCGAAAGCAAGAUUUUUCUUUUUAAGUGGCACAUAGUGUCGUCCCAAUUAGAUAAAAAAAAUUGUCUCACAUGAGGCUUCGGAAUUAAGAACUAAAAUAGCAAAUCAUUUUGUACUAGCCUAGUGUAACCUUCGUAAACCGUUACAUAGAAGUGGUGCUCGCCUGUCUAUCAGCUCUCCUUUGUUCUUGAAACUCGUGUUUAUUACCCUCGCAGGUAAUCACAGUGGCGCGCAAUUAUUAUUCUGCGUUGCAAAGAAGACGGGGUUUUGCAGCGCUAGGUUCUGGCGUGACUGGUUGACGAUACAAACUAAGCCGGAAGCGACCCUUCCAUGUCUUUGCUAGUAACAUCUACCGGACAAGAGGUCGAUUACGCACAAGGCCGCAUGAGGGGUAAUGUGUAAACGCUGCGCAGUCGUCUAAUUUCACUGACUCGCUUAAGGUCUCUGACUGAUGACAACAAAUGGGCCUUAAAUGGCCAUCCAGUUAGCCCUCGCCCCUUUCUGCAAUACCUAUUGAUCAUAAAUUACUCGUCGUUAUGCGAUCACCGACAUCAGCCGUUAAUCAGAGCUGACAACGUGUACCACAUCUCCUUAUCGUCAACUUGCCGCGGAUUAUGGCACGCCGUCUAUGGUUUCGGUCAGAAACAUGGAGUAGGCCUCUGAUAGUGUAAUUCCGCGCCUAAUGAAUAGAGUCUGAGCUCCAACCUCUGGUCUAUCCUGGCCCUGUCGUGAGUCUGAUUGACGACGGUAGGUAAGUUAAAAAUGGUCGAGCAAAUCUAGUAUAGUUAGUUUGUCAGCGUUUACGGCCUAGUUGAUCGAGAUUGUCUGCCUUACAAGAUGUAUCAACGAAGCUAAGAUCGGGUUAGUUAUUCAACGCACGGUUUUGAAAGUUGACUGCAUGUUACACCUCGACAGCCACGGAGACCAGUCUAGAACUUUAUCGGACGAUAGGAAUCGCUCUAUCAUAAAACUGUGACAUUGCAUAGGACAAACUCGCCAUCCCUGAACAGCGUUGUUACUGGCAGUGAUGCUUCCCCCCCCACCCACCUCGGUCCGUUGAAUGGUCACUUCGGUUGCCCUAUAUGUUUUGUGUUUCCUUGAAGGAAGCCCAAGAGGUGGGUGAUGGGCAAUGAACUAUGAAACAGUCAUUGCUUACUGAAAACGGAUCUUUUGGUUCUGUUAAUUAUUCCGCUAGCAAUAGGUACAUCUUGGUAGUGUGUGGUUAUGUAGCCCCACCUGAGGAACACAAUACCGUCGGGGUUGGGGUUAGAGUUAGGGUUAGGAUCAGGGGUUAGGAAAACUAUUUCUCAACCACUUAAAGUACAACCGCGCAUUCCCAGCAGCUUUUAUUUUGCAUACAAAUACUUGACCUCGUCGCCUGUGCGUCCCCUGGACCCACCUGUAAAAACCUAUUACCACUGGUCCUGUAUUACAGGUGGCUGGGGUUUGUUUUCUUCAGGCGGGGAUAUAUAACCAUAUCUGACCUUCAUCUUUUCCGAUUUAAUUAAUAGUGACUAAGGUAGUCGCCGUAUACGGCACUGUUUUCUACCCGGAUGUUUAAUUGCAUUUGCCGAGGAAGCGCGCUGGCGAAGGAGUUGAAAGAAUUGCUCUCAGCUUGCCUCAGCGAACUAUUGACCCCCUUUUUUCAUCCCCUAGACACCUAUCCAUCACAGCGUGACGUACAGUCCAUGAAGGGCGCGUCACUUCGGAAGUUUGGGAAAGGUGGGUCGCAGCCCCUGCGCAGCGACUCCACCUCUCGAUCGCCAAGGCAACCAAUCCCCGGCCCCACUACUCCUGCGCAUUUUUUCGGUCUUCUCAUCUUCUCCCUCCUUAAGAAGCCCAUGUUUGUGAACAGCAGCGUCAAAGCAGGCAUCUACGUUUGCGCUGCUGCUGCUGGCUCACUCAUUUUCGACUUUGUUAAAAUGCCACCAUGUUUCUUCUCUAACAGGCGAAAUGUUUUCAACCUAGUGUUUGUAAAAUGGGGCUGGGCGUGGACGUUCUGCUCACUCAGCCUUUUUGUCAUCCUCUCCACUUAUGUCUACACCGGUGGCAACAAACGCCUUAUCCGGGCACAUAUGAUGCGGAUGUUGACAGGUUCUGCCUGCUGGUAUGUCUUCACGGGUCUCUUCAACACCGUUGAAGCUUCCUUUGGCCGGUGCUAUGAUCAAAAUGGGGCUUUGCUGAAGACACAAACCGGUGGUCAUCCCUUCUCUCGUCGUUCUUGCCGCCAGUCAAAGGGCCAUUGGAUGGGUUUCGACAUCUCAGGGCACUGUUUCUUGCUGGUAAUGUGCAACCUUUGGAUCAUUGAAGAACUCCGAGUCAUGCGUUCUUGGCCGGUUCUUGCUGGAUUGCUGGGCGUCAACUCACAUACAGACUCCCAAGACGAUGACAUGGGUUAUUUCCCCUCGUCAUCAACAUCCGCCUCGGACUCUUCCACGCCGUCGGGGUUGCCAAAUGUUUCUGUCAGAGACCUCCAAGUCAUGCGUUCGGCGUACAUUCGACUGAGCCGCAACUUGCGAGUCAUUUUCUCCUUUACUGCUUGUUUGUCGCUCCUCUGGGACUUUAUGCUCUUUGUAACCAUUGUUUAUUUUCAUACCAUGCCGACAAAAUUGCUGGGCACGGCUUUCGGCAUCACUUGCUGGUUUCUUUGUUAUCGAGUUGCUUUUCCGCUGAUGGAGGCUGGUGCCGCCUGUGGUUUGGCUCCGGGCAUGCCUGGUGACGGUCCGCUGCAUUUCAUGUCGUACCGGUGA